AUGACUAUGGCAAAGGCGACAGAGGCGUUAUUCCCUUCCGAUGAUGACAGGCCUCGCAAACCAAAUAAACGUCAAAAUAGAACAGAAACAUUGGUCCCUCGAUGGCUGAAACGGAUUCGAUGGUUCAAUUUCACUAUGCUCGUUACGAUCCCUCUCGCAGCAUUUCUCCAAGCUCUAUGGCUUCCGUUGUACGGGAAUACCCUUAGAUGGGCAACUUUGUACUACUUUAUGACGGCAGGGUCUGUGACUGCUGGAUACCAUCGGUUAUGGACCCAUCGAUCUUACGCUGCAUCGAAACCACUCAAAUAUUUACUGGCAGCUUUUGGAGCGGGAGCCGUGCAAGGGUCUAUCAAGUUCUGGGCGAGAGAGCAUCGAGCUCACCAUCGCUAUACGGAUACCGAUCGCGACCCUUAUAACAUCAAAGAAGGCCUUCUCCAUGCUCACAUCUUAUGGGUUCUGACUGAGCAGCCAAAGAAGAACAAUAGAGUGGAUAUUUCGGAUCUACACAGUGAUGCUAGCGUUAUGUACCAACACGAGUACUACUUCCCUAUUGCGCUGUUUAUGGGGUGGGCAUUACCGGCUAUAGUGGCUGGUCUUGGAUGGGGCGAUUGGUACGGAGGAUUCAUAUACGCUGGCAUUUUACGCUCGUUCUUGGUCAAUCAAGCAACCUUCUGUGUGAACUCUCUGGCCCACUAUAUUGGCGACCAGCCAUUUGAUGACCAUCGAUCCCCUCGAGAUCACCUUCUGACUGCGCUCAUUACGCUUGGAGAGGGAUAUCAUAACUUUCAUCAUCAAUUUCCGUCGGACUAUCGCAAUGGGACUGACUGGCACCAAGUAGACAUCACGAAGUGGAUGAUCAGGACAUUUGAAAUUCUCGGACUAGCGUCCAAUCUGAAACGCUUUCGAGAAUCCGAGAUCGAGAAGGGUCGCAUUCAACAGACUUAUAAGAUACUCGACAAGCGAAGCAGUAGGCUCGACUGGGGCAAGCCGCUCAACCAACUGCCAAUCGGGGUUGUUCACGAUGUUUCAAGCUUUGUUGAUGAUCACCCUGGCGGUGCGGUUAUGAUCCGUUCGGCUAUAGGAAAAGACGCCACAUCCUUAUUCAACGGGGCGAUUUAUGACCACUCCAAUGCCGCCCGAAACGUGCUGCUCACUCUUAGGAUUGCAGUCUUACGUGGUGGUUGUGAAACUAUAGAGCUGAAUUGA